AUGGCGGCAGUCUUUUAUAAUAACAACAAUAAUGAUGAUGAAGAUGAUAGUUGUGAAAGGGUGGCGAAUGGUGGUCAUGGCAGUGGUGGAGGCAGUAGCAGUGGUGAUGAUGGUGGUAGUAGUAGUGAUGGAGACAAAUACGAAGGUGAAGUUGUUUCAAGUAUCAAAGUUUCCUUAAAAAUAUCCCCACAACAUGUCGAAGUCAAUCUCUCUGAAGUAAAAGGGUACGAGAAACAUGUCAUCGUUGAACUUAUGCAAGAAACAAUCAACAGAUUAGCCAAGAAAGCUUUGCAAUGCAACAAAGAUAAUUGUCGAGUGAUCAUUCUAUAUGAAGCAGACAAACUAUCAGCAGAUGCAUUACUGUAUAUAAAGUGGCAAUUAGGGAGACAUAAAGGGUGCAGUAAGGUCUUCUUUUGUUGCUCCGAUGCCUCAAAGCUUCAGCCAAUAAUGUCUCUUUGCACCGUUGUUAAACUACUUCCACCUUCGAAUGAGGAAAUUGUUAAAGUUUUGGAAUUCAUAGCGAAACAAGAAGGGAUUGAAUUGCCUCACCAAUUAGCGGAUAAGAUUGCUAUCAACGCUAAGAACAAUCUACGACAGGCCAUACGCUCAUUGGAGGCCACUUGGCAAGCAAAGUAA